CAUAACGCAAUAUUGUGUUGCUUGCUGAAAAAUAUUAUCACAAAAAUGUCAAAAUCUCCCAGACAGACGUCAUUUUUAAAUGUGGCCACUCCAAAGCGACGUGGAAAGAAAAAACAACAAAAUUGUCUAUUCGCCAUUAAAAUGGCGUCAUCGAAGGAAACCUAUUGUUUGUGUGGUCAACCUUAUAAUAUUGGACAAUUUAUGAUAGAAUGUGAUUGCUGUCGUGAGUGGUUUCAUGGCAGUUGCGUUGACGUCAAAAUUUAUCAUUCAGACGAUAUAGACAAGUAUCAUUGUCCAAAAUGUGCACAGACAUACGGACCAUCAGUAUUAAAAAUCCCAACAAACAACCACCGCGCCGACCGGUACGAGUUGGGCGCGGAGACCAGACCCUCGCAGGUGGGCACGCCGGCCUGGGUGCGGGCGCUAGCCGCCCGCCCGCUGCGGCCCGCGCCCGCCGCCCUGCAGCGGCUCACGCCCAGCCAGUUCACUGAGGAGUUCAUCAGGGAUAAUGGUUUCACACGGCCAGUGACAUUCACAGUUACAGAGGGACUGGAUAUGAAGGUCCCCAACCCCAGCACAUUCACAGUCAGAUCAGUGCUAAGGUUUUGUGGAGCACAACUUGAGGUGGAAGUGAUAGACGUUCGGAAACAGUCGACCUUGCGCAUGACACUGGGCGACUUCGUGGACUACUUCGAGACGCCGCCGGAGCACAGGGAUGAGAAAGUUCUUAAUGUACUCAGUCUGGAGUUCAGCGAGACCAACAUGUCCCGCGCGGUGGAGCCGCCGGGCGUGGCCCGCGCGCUGGACUGGGCGAGCGGCGUGUGGGCGUCGGGGCGGGAGCGGCCGCCCGCGCCCGCCGUGCGCAAGUACUGCCUCAUGUCGCCCGCCGCCGCCUACACCGACUUCCACGUCGACUUCGGCGGGACCACCGUCUGGUACCACGUACUGCACGGACGGAAGAUAUUCUACCUAAUCCCGCCGACGUCGACAAACCUGGCCCUGUACCAGCAGUGGUGCGCCGCCAACAAUCAGAACGAGCGCUUCUUCGGCGACAUGGUGGAGUGGUACGGAACGGCGGAAGUGUCCGCGGGACAGACGCUGUUCAUUCCCAGCGGGUGGAUACACGCUGUGCUAACACCCUGCGAUUCGCUGGUCUUUGGAGGGAAUUUUCUGCAUUCCUAUGCGAUUGAAAUGCAGUUGCAGAUCUACGAGAUCGAGCGGCGCGUGGAGACCCCGUCCAUGUUCCGCUACCCGCUGUUCGAGGCAAUGCACUGGUACGCCGGCGCGCAUCUGCUCACCAUGCUGCGCAGGCACAACGAGGAGAUACAGGAUGAAGAGUUCACGCUAAGUGAAAGCAAUGCCCGCCUAGCGCCUGUUUCGUUGCCACCGCUGUUACUACGAGGCAUUAAGAUACUCGCUAAUGCACUCAAAGAAUGGCACGCGCUUAAAAGUACAGAUACAGCGAAACGCGACAACGUACCAAAAUGUUUGAACUCAGGUCAGUUGGUCAGGGAACUGUGUAAAGAAUUGAGGACUUUGGAGAAAAGAACCACUAGUACGACGAGUAAAGAUAAGGACUUCAAAGUAAAAAACCACGCUUCACCUAAUAAAUCUCACUCAAAGAAGCAAGCAAGCUCUAAAAAAUCUCUUAAGCUGACCUUACCAAAACCGAUCAUGCAUAUGGGACAGAACGGAGAGUUUGUGGAGGAGAAGGCGUAUGGAGACAAGUUCUUUAUUGAUAAUAAGGAAGUUGUAUACCAAGAAAGGUACGUAACACAAGACGUCAAAUACGCAAACGGGUUGCCAGAAACGAAAUAUGUGGUCGAAGGCAAAGAGAUGGUGUUGCCAGAGAAGGGGUACGCCUACCAGACGUAUGAGGAGGUUGGAUAUCAAGAGGGGAAUGGGUAUGUGGAGAGAACUGAUAAGAAGACUGCGAGCCUUAAGAAUAAAAUGAACAACUCCCCAUCAUCUUCGCGAGAAGACGCGCCACCACCAUACUCCCUACCGGAGCACUCAAUACUAAAGUCUCACCUCAUAAGAUCAGAGCGACCGACAUUAAAACCAAUACAUCAAUGGACCAUAUCGAAGAAGGACAUAGGAGACUACCACGAGGAACAGAUCCUCUUCACGAAUGAGAACCUACAGGCUAACGUCAGGAUUGAUGGACAGGAAAUGAAUUAUGGACCCGGUAUGUAUUCAGCUGAGGACAUACAACAGGACUACCAGUAUUCAGAGUCAGCGAAGCCAGGGUCCUACCAGCCGGUGUACAGCUACCAGCAGCCGCAGCACAUCGCCUACACUACUGUUGAUAACUAUCAGCGGUAUGAAGACGUGCCUGUACAACAGCAAGCAGCUGGCUACACGAACGUGGCGGUCCAGGAGACGGUGAACGGCGACUACCAUCAGAACCAGCUGCCUUCGUACGACGCAGCCAUCGCGCACCAGUAUACUACUACCACUAAUUAUGUGGUAGAAGAAAAGCCGGGCGCCACGCCGGCAGGCAGCGCGCCGCGGCGCUCGGAGCGGCCGGUGCGGCGCCGCGUGUCCAACACCUACGACUACGAGGACUCCGACCUGUACCUCGAGGACGCGCCCGCGCCGCGGCCCCGCAAGCCGCGCCACACCCGGCACGCCUACCGCCCCGCCGCGCAAGCGUCCAACGCGUCAGCCAGUUCGAACAGCUACAAGCAGGUGUCGUCCCGGCCGGCGCCCGUCAACGGCAUCGAGUCGCUCAUACAGGCCUCCGUGCUGGCCGAGGAGGAACAGCCGGUUGUAGACACUGAUAUGGGCGUCAGUUUGGUCCCGGGCGGCGCGAGCGAGCCGGAGGACGCGGCGGUGGCGGGCAUGCUGAGCAUCAGCUCGCGCUUCGCGGGCGCGCGCACGUUCGGGCUCGCGCUGGACGCGCCGCGCGCCGACUCGCCCGCCGCCGCCCAGCGCCGCGCCCGCCGCGCGCCCGCCGACCUGCCGCCCCACCUGCCGCCCCACCUGCCGCACGACCUGCCGCGCGACGAGGACGUCAUCCGGGAGGUGCAUCGCGACGACGAGUAUGUGUAUCCAUCAUUAGAAAUGAGUUCAGAUGAAGAUGAAGAAUGGACAGCGUCGAAACGUCGAAGAAAUUCACGGAACAGGGUAGAUUCGCGGUCCAAGGGUGAUAAGGACGAGGCGUGGUCCCCGCGCGCGCGGCUGGGCCGCCUGCUGCCGCGGCUGCGCACGGGCGCGCGCGCCGGCGUGCGGCGGGAGUGCGUGCGCGCCGCACUGCACGCCGCCGCCGCGCGCGCCCUGCCCGCGCCGCGCCCGCCCCAGCAGAACGCAAAGCGAGCAGUGCUAGCGACGAAAAGCAGGCGGCCUCCACCGCCUGUACACAAUACGCCAAAUAACAAGAAUGCAAGACUGAAGAAAGGAAUGAAGACCGCAAAGCAGCGUCUCGGUAAAAUCCUUAAGAUACACAAAAUGAUAUAUUAAUUAUAUACUAGUUGUAGUUACGUGUGCGGUGUGACAGACGGACGUAUGUAGAUGUAUAUUUUAUAUAUAUAUUGUAUAUUAGCACGGACCAAUACGUGUUGUCGGUCGUCGUUUGUAUAGCGACUGUUUUAAUAACUUAUCUUAUUCGAGAUAGAAAAAAAUACACAACCUAUAUUAAUAGAAAAAUACGUAUCAUUCUAAGAAUUUGAUUGCUAAUUAAGCUGUUUUAAGUCAUAUAAACCAACUCAGUUACAGACUCAAUACGCAAUUCCAUUCAACGUUUGAAAGUUUCAAAGAUUAACAAAAGUAUUAAUUUAUCAAAUCACAUGUCAAAUGCUGUAAUUGGUUCUUAGUCUUUCAUUUUCUCAAUCGCAUUAGUUGACAUUCGAUUUUACAUCAGCUUAAACUAAAAUAUCUAUAUUAAAAAGAGUUCUGUCCCGAAAAAAAGUUAGAUAUGUUAUUAAAAACAGUCGCAAAUGGAUCUUUUCGAGCGAUUUUGUAGUGUAACACGUGAAAAUGACUAUGAAAUAUUGUUUCUUACGUAAUUUUCUACUUAUUAUUAUUUUCACAUGAUAUAUUGCUCGCUUAAAACAUAUACUAACCCAGUGAGGAGCUCUUAACUGCCUGAAGACGAGGACACAUUGACAAAUAGAUGUAUAUCUACAUGUUAAAACAGCGCUCAGUCAUGUUCCAAACGCAUUCUAUAAGAAACUAACAACAUUAUUGUAAUGAGGUAUUAUUUCCUUAUCAAUAAUAUUUAAAAUGAAAAUCGAGCUUACCGCACGAAAUUAACUGUAGCUUAUGAAAAUUUGUAAAAGACCUCUUUUUCAACCGUUUCUGUAUUUAACUUGAAUAUUAAAGUCCCAAAUUUAUUAUCCUUAAAUCGUUCAUCUUCACGCAUAAAAGAAGUGUUUCUAACAUAACAGGGAACAUGUUUUAACAUGUCCUAGAUAUUAGAAAAUGUCUAACAUCAGAUCAUAUCAAAAAGAAAUCAUAAAAAGCCUUAAAAUUAUUCUAAAAUUGUACUACGUUUGUCAAUGUGUACUCGGCUUAACAAGCACACAGGUUGAAAUGUGAUUUUAUAUUUAAUAACAAUAGUCUUAGAUCGUAUUUUUCUCAAUCAGUAGAUUUUGGGAAUGAUUGCAAGAGUUUUUUCCAGGGGAAAGUUCUUUUGGAAUAUAUUUAUGGGGCCUCUGCAAAAUAAAAGAAUUGGUGCAAAAAAAAAACUACUGUUUCGGAUUCUCUGGUUUCUAAAGGGUUUUUCAAAAAACGUCUGUGAUUGGUCUAUAGUAUUCUAAAUAACCUUUUAGUGGACGAAACACAGUUCUUAUUUUAUUUGAAAAAUAAUGAAUUGAGUAAUCUUUUUGGAUGUAAGUUUAAGUAAUUUGAAAGCUUUUAUUUUGCGUGCUUAAUUCAGAUGUAGUGCGUCUCAAUUUGGGUUAUUUCAACCAUUAUUACAACAUAUUUUUUUAUGAUCCUUGGACUUGCGCGUCAUAAUACCUUGUAUACAUAAUUCAAAAUCUACUUUUGAUGUUGUAUUUAUCAUAUUCGCAACUUUUUGACUGGAUUCCAAACACAGCCAUACAAUUUGGAUGUAAAUAAAAACCUAAAUUUAUUGUAACCCGAAAUCCAUAAAUUGUAGUUCUAAAACUUGUUAUAAAUUCAUUUUUAACUAUGGCAAGGCCUCAUGAUAUUCAUACGUACCCCAAACUUACUUUCCCCAAGAUCAAAACAUUGUUUUUUCGUAAGAUCUGAUUUCUCAAUUAUUUGUGUAUGUCUAUCAAUUAACGGACUAAGCCAUUUUCUUUUCUAUACGCAGUAGUGACAUCAAUUAAAUAAAAAGCUAUUAUUUAUAUUCCUUUUUUUAUAAAAAGUUAAAUUAUCAAUUAAAAUUUUAUGAAAAAGACAUUAUUUUUCACAAUUCUAAGAUUAAAUUGAUAAACCAACCACCGAAUGAUAAAUGUAUAUAAAUAUGAAUUGAAAAAUGAAAAGAAAAAAAGUAUAAAAUUAAAAAAAAAUUGCUUUAGCUACUUAUUGACAUUUUGUUACGUUUUAGUCGUAGUUAAAGGUAAAGUGGUGUUUUCAAUGUUAUUUUGUUGUAUUAAAAAAAUUACGGACGCAAAAUUCAUUUAUAUUUACAAGUGCA